UGGAGCCGCGGUGAGGGGCUGGCGGCUCCCCCGGCCCCUCCGCUACGUCAUCCCGGUCCGGGCGGGCGGCGGGCAUGGGGCCGGGGGCGGCAGGGGGCUAAGGGCGGCGGGCAGCGGACGGCAGCCUUUGUACGGCGCGUAGGGGGGGCGGCGGCCGCCCGCCGAGCCGGCGGAUCCAGGCGGGGAUGGAGCCUCCCCCGGCGCAGGGAUGCUGCUGCUGCUGCCGCCGCCGCCUCCGUCCCCGCCGGGGGGGAGCGCGGCCCGGGCUGCUCCCGCCGCCGCGGCUCUGAUGCCUUCGGGUUUUCCGUGCCGGCCCCCGGGAGCCUUCGCUGUUACCGAGUGAGCCCAGAGCCCCGUCCCAGCCAUGCAGGAGCCGGAGCGGGGCUUGCCCAGCGCGGACCCCGCGGCCUCCGCCUGGCCGGACCUGGGCACGCGUAACGUCCCGGGGGGCGACGGUGACAGGGCGAGCUGCCAGCUGGGCCCGGGGCCGGGGGAGGCCGGAGCAGCCCAGCCUCGGGAGGCGGCCCCGGGGCCGCUCCACAGACCCCCGCCGGACCCCCAGCGCGUUCGCUCCGCACCCGAGCUCAUUAGGCCGCUGCGAGCGAUGGACGGGCGCGGAGGCGAGCGGGCGGACGGGCCCCCCCAGAGCGGGGCUGACUAUGGCUUCCUUGUGAGCCAGAACACGAAGCUCCUGAGUGCGCUGGAGGACCUGCGGCAGCGCUGCUCCAGCCUGGCCGAGGAGAACAGCUUGCUGCGCAGGAGCUGCUUCCCCCAGACGGAGGAGAAGGUGAAGCACCUGAAGAGGAAGAAUGCGGAGCUGGCGGUGAUUGCCAAGCGCCUGGAGGAGAGAGCCCGGAAACUCCAGGAGGCAAACCUCAAAGUUGUAACUGCUCCGGUGCCUCUGAAGGGCUCCAGCCUGGAGCUGUGCAAAAAAGCAUUUGCUCGCCAGCGUGCCAAGGACCUGACAGAGCAAGCCAGUGCUCUCCUGGCGAAAGACAAGCAGAUUGAAGCUCUGCAGCAGGAGUGCAGGGAGCUGCAGGCUAAACUCUUCGCAGGGAAGGAUGACCCUCGCUGCCUGAACGUCAUCGAGUUUGAUCGCCUGUUGCGGGAAUCCCAGAGAGAGGUGUUACGGCUGCAGAGACAGAUCGCACUGAAGAAUUUCAAGGAGUGUCUACGUUCCCCUAAAAUCAGUCUGGGUGGCGCUUUGCCAAGUGCUGCAGCACGCUUGGGAACGCCCGCACCAACGCUAAAUACCUGCAUCAAAGGUUCACCUCUACCGAAUGAGGCCCGCUCGGGAGAGCCAGCACUAGCAGGGGAGACAUGCAAGGAGGUGGAACCAGGUGUGCAGCCGCUGGGACCUGCCUCUGAAGGACAUGAAAAUUUCCCUCCCAAAAAUGCAGUAAGAGACCACAAGAGCAGCCAACAGAUACAACAGCUGGAAUUUGAACUCAAGAAAAAGCGCAAAAAAUGUGAAAACCUUGAGCAUGAAGUGAGGAAAAAGCAUAAAAGAUGCAAAGAACUGGAGAUCCAGCUGCAGGAGGUACAAAGUGAAAAUGCACGACUGGCUGAAGAGAACUUGCAGCUGAAUGAGAAGGCUGAAUGGGCAGGACAGGUUGAAUCUGAGAAUGCUGACCUGAAAUUGCAGGUUGUUUUGGUUACUAAGGAGCGAGAUUCAGUAAUUCAGACGAAUCAAGGACUCCAAACCAAGCUGGAGAAUCUAGAGCAGGUCCUGAAGCACAUGAGAAAUGUGGCUGAGCGAAGGCAGCAGCUGGAAGUCGAGCACAAGGAAGCACUGCUAGUCCUGCAGGAGAAGCAAGAGGAAGUCAGACGGUUGCAGCAGGCGCAGGCAGAGGCAAAAAGAGAACAUGAAGGAGCAGUACAACUUCUAGAGAGUACUUUGGAUUGCAUGCAGGCCCGAGUGAAAGAUCUAGAAGACCAGUGCCGCAGCCAAACAGAGCAGUUCAGCCUCCUGUCUCAAGAACUCAAAGAGUUCCGGCUUCAAACAGGAAAAAUCGACCUUCUCACCUCUACACUGGUGACUUCUGAGUUUCCUCUUGCCCUCUGCAGCUCUACCCCACAGCCCCACUGGGAGAAGGAGUCAACUGUUCCUGGAUUGCUUACUCACCAGAGUGCUAAGAAGGUUCAGAAUGAAGAGACUGAUGAGUUUGAGUCAUCACAGCGGGCGCCUGAUGCCACUGUUGGCUCCCCAGUUGCUGCUACCAGUUCUCAGAGACAAGCCAAGAAAGUGGAAUCUCAGUCAAACUCUUCAAAAUCAGAAUCCAUGCAGAACAGUCCAAAAUCCUCCCCAACUCCAGAGGUGGACACUGCAAGUGAAAUGGAAGAACUGGAUGUUGACAGUAUCUCUCUAAUGCCUGAGCCAGGCAGCCAAGGCCCUGCAAAGCUCCAGGUGUUCUUAGCUCGGUACAGCUACAAUCCUUUUGAUGGGCCUAAUGAAAAUCCAGAGGCAGAGCUUCCACUGACUGCUGGUGAAUAUAUUUACAUCUAUGGAGACAUGGAUGAAGAUGGCUUCUUUGAAGGGGAACUGAUGGAUGGCCGGCGGGGGCUAGUCCCCUCCAAUUUUGUUGAGCGAGUUUCAGAUGAUGACCUCAUGACGUUUCUGCCUUUGGAGCUGAAUGAUCUCACCCAUAGUUCAUACCAGGAGAAAAGUUUUGUCAGUGCAAGCACCAGCAGUGGAGAUAAGAGUGAUUUUUCCAUUGAAGAGAGUAGCAUCAGUCCAUUGGCCAGUAGAGCAGAAGGAGACCAGGAGGAACGUGUUAGUCAUACAGCAGUGCCUUACCCAAGAAAACUGACUUUGAUCAAGCAGCUUGCCAGAAGCAUAGUUGUAGGCUGGGAACCACCACUUUUGCCAGCUGGCUGCCCAGACAUACAAAGCUACAACAUCUAUGUGGAUGAAGAGCUACGUCAAAAUGUGAAGAGUGGCUUUCAGACCAAAGCAGUGAUUGAGAAGCUGGAUUUAAAGACAAAGGCUUACCGUGUAUCUGUGCAGACUGUGACAGAGCAAGGCAGUUCUGAUAAACUGCGAUGCACUUUCUUUGUGGGGCAAGAUUUUUGUGUGGCACCAACUAUGCUGAAAGUCAGAAGUGUCACUGCCACGUCAGCAGAGGUCAUGUGGCUUCCCUGCAACAGCAAUUACAACCACGCAGUGUAUCUCAAUGGGGAGGAAUGUGACAUAACAAAACCUGGGGUCUACUGGUACACCUUCCGCAACCUGCAGCCAAGCACUCAGUAUGUUGCCAAGCUGGAGGCCCGGCCCUUGAAAACACCUUGGGAAGAGAUCCCAGAGGGGCAGGAGCAGAACUCAGCUGUGAUACACUUCACUACCCCACUAGCAGGCACACCUGAUGCUCCUUUGGAUGUCCAGGUAGAAGCUGGUCCCUCACCAGGUAUCCUUGUUAUCAGCUGGUUACCUGUCACUAUUGAUGCCGAAGGAUCUUCCAAUGGAGUCCGAGUCACCGGUUAUGCUGUGUAUGCGGAUGGGCAGAAGGCAAUAGAAGUUACUUCUCCAACGGCUGGGAGUGUCCUGGUGGACUUGUCCCAGCUUCAGAUGUUCCAGGUGUGCCGGGAGGUUUCUGUGAGAACGAUGUCUCUGUAUGGGGAGUCAGUGGAUUCAGUUCCAGCCCAGAUUUCCUCGGUCUUGCUGGAAGCCUCUCACCACUCUUCACCUUCAGAUUGUGCUGUUUCUACCACUUUUACCUCUAGACUGCCCCGUGGAGAGCCCAGGGGCUCUCUGCCUGCACGCAGCCCACCCACACGCCAGACAGCUGCACUCCUGCAUCGACAAAAAGUUCCUGCUGAUAGCUCAGAUGCCAAAUUGACUGAUCACUCCUCCAGCCAUGACAGCUCAGUACGAUCUCUGCCAGAGGAAGCCUCUUCACUGCCGCACCUCUCCUCUCCCAGUGCUUCCUUGGUGCAGGUUUUAGAUGCUUCCCCACAAGGAUCAGACACUGCACAAGACAAGAAAUGCCUGACUGUGCCUCCUCAGCAAGCUGGCAGGACAGUGCUCCCCUGUGAGGGCACAGAGCCUGUCGCUUCAAGGGAAGCAGAAUCGCAAGGCCUGGGUGAGGGGAUGGAGGUGCAGGCAGAACAAUCUGUAACCAAAGCAUCAGAACUGGAAAGUCCAUCUAACAGCAGUCUGAAGAUACGUAUGGAGACCUGCCAUGCAUGCUCUGUGGAAGAGUCACCGAAAGGUCUCAGUGCUGAAAGAGAAAAAGAGAUAAAGGAGAAACACUUGAGCCCAGAGCCUCUGCCCUCCCCCAGCCAGGCUGAGGGGACAGAUGGCACCUUCAGAGAUGCAAGCAUGAGUGGGAGCAGCUGCCAGGAGAUCUCGAGAUUGUCCCUUGGCAAGGAAGUGAUCAAAGAAAUGUCCAGAGUGAAAAGAGAGCAAGAAGAAAAAAUAUCCGAAAUGGGAAGACGACAGCUGACCCUUUUUGCUGAGCACAGCCGUAGUUCUGACCUUUCAGAUAUUUUGGAAGAAGAGGAAGAAGAUGAACUGUCUUCAGAAGCUCUGGAAGAGAAGAAAUGGGACCAGAGAGAGCCAUGUUACCGGGAGAACGGGGAAAAGAUGGAUCUUUGUGAUACUGACAGCGAUGAGGAGAUUCUGGAGAGGAUACUGGAGCUCCCGCUUCAGAAGAACCACAGCAAGAAAUUGUUUAGCAUCCCUGAAGUGACUGAGGAUGAGGAUGAAGAUGAAGAUGAGAAGUGUGUUAUGGAGGAAAAGGCAGACCCUCAAGACUCCUUGGAAACACUUACCCACCGUUCAGGAAGAACAGAGAAGGCGCUCAGCGUCAAGGAGCCAUUUCUAAAGGCAGAUGGGAGUAACACCUCCACAGAUCUGUCUGCUCAGACUCCACAGGAGGAGCAUGACAUUAAGGAGAGCAGAGGGGAUGCUGCCCAUGCAAAUCCUGCUUUUGUCCAGCUGGUCUGGAGUCAGAAGAAGGCAAACUGGAACUGGGGCUACCAGGAGAACGAUCCGAAGUCUGGGACUGGGGCAAGUCCUGCUUGGAGCAAGAAGGGAAAUAAUUACCGAGAGAAGAUCCGGAGUCGGCCUGAGAUGGGUAGGAAGAGACAGAAUGAUUUAACAGAACACUGCAGUCGUCUGCUGGGCAACUGCAGUCAGAUGGGAGGUGGGUUAUACAGAGCUCCUAGCCUCAGGGAAGAGCUGAACAUUGUGAGCAGUGCUGGUGGUAAGGAGGGGUUUGAUAUGUACAGUCGUGCCAGACAAGCCACCUUACGAAAAAGCCACAUGAAAGCAGUGGUUUCAGGGUUUGCAGAACCUGCUGUGACGGCAACACACUGCUCCAGCCCCAGGAGCCUGGAAAUAGACAUUGAAUAUGACUCCGAAGAUGAUCAGGAUUCAGUCUGUGCAUCCCCCCCUGAGAGCAGGCUGUGGCCAGAAAGGUCCCAGAGCUGUCAGGGGGACUGGAGUGAUUGCUCCAGUCAAUCUGAGGUUGCCCACACGGAUGGCAGGAGGGACCUGACCAGACUGGAGAUGAUGGAAGAGCAGGGGAUGGAGUGGGCUGGGUCUCCGAGCCAGCGCCUGCGGUUCUUCUGCCAGGAGAAUGAAGCACUGAGAUGUGAGAGCAGUUCUGAGGAGCAGGGCUGGGAGCUGGACUGUAAGUCACCUGGCUGGAGAAGGAGGCUCGAACAUCCUUCGAAGGGGAUACGUAGCACCUCCUUGCACAAAAGGGCGUCCGGUAAUAAAGAUCCUAGGGGCCAGGAACUGCCUGGCACAGCCACCUGGCAGGCUCCCAGCAGAAGAGGGAACAAGAGCGUAAGAAGAAGCCAAAUGCAGAAACCUUUACUGUCUAGUCCAGGUCCUGCAAGGAGCACUGCUUCAGAAACCUCUGUUAAAGAUGAUGGCAUUAGAAUAUUUGUGGCACUCUUUGACUACGAUCCUGUUUCUAUGUCUCCUAACCCUGAUGCAGCAGAAGAGGAGCUCCCAUUUAAGGAGGGACAGAUCCUGAAAGUAUGUGGAGACAAGGAUGCUGAUGGCUUUUACAGGGGUGAAUGUGCAGGAAGGGAGGGGUACAUUCCAUGCAACAUGGUUUCAGAAGUCCAGGUGGAGAAUAACGAAAUCAAGAAGCAGCUCCUAAAGCAAGGAUUCCUGCCUGCCGACACCCCAAUGGAGACCAUAGGAAAUGGCACAUUUUCUCCACCUCCACGCCGCCAAACCGUCCCUCCUCCAAAACCCAGACGCUCCAAGAAAGCAGGGCUGGAUAAACAGGAGACGUACAAGUCUCAUCCAGAACAGAAACAUCAAGACUUGGAAGCUGAACUGCUGACUCCUCGAAGUAUGGUGGCUGUCUUUGACUAUAACCCUAAGGAGAGCUCUCCAAAUGCAGAUGUAGAGGCUGAACUGACUUUCAGUGCCGGGGACGUUAUCACUGUGUUUGGGUCCAUGGAUGAUGAUGGAUUCUAUUAUGGAGAACUGAACCAGCAGAGAGGCCUUGUCCCAUCUAACUUCUUGGAAGCUGUAACUUCUGAUGGAGGCAUGGUCAAGGAACUUCAUUCAAAAGAUAAAGAAGCUUUUCUGCUGAGUGCUGAGAGCCAGAGAAUGAGGAAGAGAAGAGUCCAGUGAUAGAUAUGAAUGAUACAUAGAGAGAGAGAGAGCAACCAUGUAAGUUUGUGUGAGAAGACAUCUUCAAUCUCCCACCCAGCCUAGCCUAUUAAAGGGUCCUACACCUGUAGUUUACUCCUUCUCUUGCUUGUAGUUUGACAGGCUGGUUUGGGGCUUUGCUAGCAAGUCCACCUUCAAACCCUCUGGUGGCAGAGUUUUACCUGCCAGAUUGGUCCUAUAUUAAAGACAAGCUGUGAUCUGUUCAGUGUAUGAAGUGCAAUUGUUGGGAACAAUUAUCUGGUGGUUUUGGGGACCAUGAUUGGACUGUGCUGGAUAUUCAGGUUUAGAAAAGACCUGCUUUAUACUUCAGCUUGGUCCUUCUACCACUGUUCAAGCACGUCAACAGCCAAAGCUUCAUUUAGCCUUUGCAAGAUCCUGCUCAGACUGAGCACACGCCAUAUUCAGCUUGAUUUUACUCCUUCCUGAGUAUAGUCCUGAAAACCCUCCACACACCAUCAACUUAAAGUAGUAACAUUUAGUCCCUAAAACCAACCUUGUGUGGAUAAUUGUUCUGUCUGAUAACUCUUAAAGAAACUAUUUUGAAGUUGGGGUGUGUGUGAAACUUCUGGGUUUGGGGGGCAGUGGGAGUGAAUCUGUGUUUUUCUUAGUUUCAAAUAAAACAUUUUCCUGAAGUUGUGCAAAUCAGUAAUACCUAAGAACACUGAAAACCACCCCCUGAAAACUAACAUGGCUCUUCUAUUUAUCAACCCUAAUAGCUUUUAUCAGGAUUUUGACAGAGCAAUUUUUCCUUCAUGUUUCUCUUAGAGAAGAAACCCUAAUUUUAGUAUCAUUUGUCUCUUACCAGAUGAAUCUAUGAACUGGUUCUGUUGCUUUUCUGCCAUAUAGAGACUUCUGAGAAUAUCUGCACAUGCUUGUGUGUGAGCGUGCCUCUGUGUGUGGAAAUCUGCCUGGGUAUCGUAUACCACAGCUGGGAAUCAGCAGGACUUACAGCCACAAAGACAGGAAACUGCUAGUCACUUCCUUUUAAAUGUUCAAUAUUUGAUAAUGAUAUUGAUACUGCAGUAUCCUUAUUAUAGUAAAUUAUUGUGACAUUUGUGAGUUGGUCUGGGUACCUGCCUCUCAUUUUGCAUGCAGUCUUUCAUGCAUAGCUCUAAGGAGAAAUUGUGUAAGGUUUGUUGGGCCACUUCAGAUCUGCCCUGAAAUUGUCCCACCUUUGCCAGAAAAAUGGUUUCCAGUGGUGUAUGGGCACCAAGCCUCCGCUGCCCGGGCUGCCCAGCAGCCUUGACAUCACUCCCACAUCCUCUGGGGCUGCUAAGCCAGACAGCCCAAGGCCUGAGCUUCGUAGGGGAGAUCACUUACUGCAUGUUAGUGGACCUCUUCUGAUGUUAGCCAAGUGCUUUUGUGCAUUCUAUCCAGGGAUUCUUUGUUGCACCACACGUAAAUAGUUUCUGGAGCAGAACCCGGGGGUUCUUACUUUUGCACACAGCUAACCUAGCAGGCUACCAAGUUAGCAGUCAUCUGGCUUACUUUUUCUCUUUGCCUCUCUACAUUUUGCACUGCUGGCUGAAAAUGGUUUGUCUAGAUUGAUUCAGAUUUAUUUCCAGACUUCUCAGACCUGUCUGGUGCUAGAGCCAUCAACACCAAGUGUUGCACCUUGCAUGUGUGUGCUGCCAGGGGAUACAAAGAUUGCAGUUGAUGCUGCAGCGUUAGUUGGAGGAGUGGACCUCGCAGGCAGAGUGCAGCUUUGAAAGGGGCAGGCUGUGCCAUCAAGCCCUCUGCUGCAUGCCCUUGGCAGUAGCUGGCCUUUCAACACAGUGCUGAGUAUCUGGGGAGUCAUAGAAGUGCCACUGAAAGUGUGUGGAACAAGAUUUCCAGGGGAAAAUAGUGUGAAUUUUUUUCAGGAAAAAUCAGCCACUGUAUUUUUAACUCUAACAAAGAGGUGGAAAGGAGUUACGUCUCUGUUCCCAUAGCCAGAGACCCUGGUUCAGGUAAGAGAGAGUCUGAUGGCACCAUCCCCUGGGACAGUUUAAAGUGAUUGCUGCAAGACAGGUAGCUGACUCUGAACCUUCUGGGGUUGGGAGGGGUCAUAUAGUCACACCAAGACAGAGCUCUUUAAAAACCCUGUACUCCUGUGUGCUCAACACUGACUUGACAGGUAUUGUACAUACUUAGUCUGACUCUAGAGAGCAGCUGUUUGCUCGUCUGGUACCAGAAGUGCUUUCUUACUGCAGCAGAGCGAAGUGACUGCAGUACAGCAGCAUAACUUCAGCCUGUGGCGGGAGGAGAGGUCACAGCUGCUUUUUGUGUUCUUUUGUCGCGCAGGAGGUUGGGUGCUGAAACAGCAGCAGGGUGAUAAAGCACUACUGCUUCUGCUUUUGACCCCAGGAAAUGUUAAAUAAACCCACAGCACAUAAGUGUGAGUGUGCUAUAGUUAGGGCAGUAAUGCUAAACCUGUGCACCUGCUUGGUUCAGCAGCUUUCCCCAGGCACAGUGUGGGACCAGGGCUGAAGCACAUCCACUCCUGCUGAUGAGCUGCGAGCCGCUGCUGGGAUUCUCACAUUUUCUGUGCAGGGCUGAUGCCUUUGCUCUUCAGCAAUGCUUCUGCCCUAGGCAGAGCAUCCUGCUGCCAGUGUCACUACCUUGUCUCCCCUGUUGGACCUGUGGCUACUUACAGACUCUUAAGGGACGUGCGCUUGACUCUCCCCGACUUAGUGGGACCCAAUCAGAGAGAUGAUGAGGAUCGUAGAAUCAUUUAGGUUGGAAAAGACCUUUAAGGUCAUUGAGUCCGACUGUUAACCCAACACUGCCAAGUCCACCACUAAACCAUGUCCCUAAGUGCCACAUCUGCACAUCUUUUAAAUACCUCCAGGGAUGGUGACUCCACCACUUCCCUGGGAAGAAGGCUUUUCCGUGGCACAGCUCCAGCCACUGGCAUGUUGUUUUGGGUAAUGCCAAGACAGGAUGUACAGCUGGGUGCGUGGAAGAUGCUGGUUUGUGAAGGCUGUGUGGAAGAGAAGGCGGUGGGACAAAUGCUCCCCUAGGCCUCAGAAACCCAGAGCCUCUUCCCUGGUGAACUUUGCAGCUUCUUGGGAAAGCUUGCCCUGACAGAUCAAACGGUCACUGUCCAGACACCUAAACCCAGUGACAGGAGGUCACGGAAAGAAGGCUGUUGCUGGGAACUGACCUGCUGCUAGUACUUUGUGGAAAGGAAACCGAGCCCAGGACUAGGGUACUCUCUGAUUUCUAAUAAGCCUUUUUCAAAAGGAGCAGUGUACCAUGCAUCGUUUGGGACUCUGGAUCCCAGGUAACAUUCUCAAAUGCUCAGAUGACUUAGGAACAUAUGUCAGUUGCUGUGUGCCACUUGAUCCCAGACUUCUCCGUGUCCUGCUCCAUCAUGAACUUUUUCUCCAUUAUUGGUGCCACUGCAGAGCACCAGACUGCUUUUUGCCGCUCCCGCGACUCGAUCUGAUGGAUACUGAGCAGCCUUACAAGACUCUGAAUUUCUCCUCUUACAGUGACAGAGUGUGGCCACUGUUGCAGAAGCCUCCCAGCUUAGCCAGCCUCCUUGAACUUCUGAAGGUCCUGCACAGCUCUUGUUCUUAUUAGGCUGUUUUUUCUUGAUGUCCUGCCUUGUGUCCUAGAGUGUGCUGAGAGCCCGCCAGGCUUCCCCGGCCCAGGCAGCCAGCAGGCAUACAUGGAUGCAUCAGUAUCUAUCCAUCCGUGCUUCACUUACAGCAUCUUCAGCUGUGAAGGAGCAUCUUUCACCAAGUGCUCAGUGGGAUUUCCCUGCUGUCCUGUUCUUAGCCCAAGGUUAAGGAAUUUCAGGAUGUCUGAGCUCAGGCAGGGUCUGGGUAGGGGGUACAAAAAAGUGUAAA